GCGCAGCCCGGUGACUAGAGCGCGCGGGGCGAUCGCGAGGCCCCCCCUCCCUCUCCCCGCGCCGCCUCCAGCGCGAGUGACAGCGCGCCCUCCGGGCUCCGGAGCGGCAGCGCCGAGCAAUCCCGGGCAGGGCUCGCCUCGCCGGUGACAUCACUCCUGAAGAUAUUCCUCGCUCCCAGCGCCUGUCUUCACCAGGCGUCCGUCCGUGGGUCCGUCUCCGCCUUUCCGCCGCCGAAGAGGGCGCCUCGCGGGCUGGGAACAGAGCCGGGUACCGAGGAGCCACAGGAUCCCCAGGAGAGAGAGCGAAGGCAGCGAGGGAAGGAGGACCCCGGCAGGCAGCAGCAUGAAAUUCAGCCCCGCGCACUACCUGCUGCCUCUCCUGCCUGCGCUGGUCCUCAGCACCAGACAGGACUAUGAAGAGCUAGAAAAGCAGCUAAAAGAAGUCUUUAAGGAACGAAGCACCAUUCUUCGUCAGCUGACAAAGACAUCAAGAGAACUUGAUGGAAUUAAAGUCAAUCUUCAGUCCUUAAAAAAUGAUGAGCAGUCUGCAAAAACUGAUGUUCAGAAACUUCUGGAAUUAGGACAGAAACAAAGAGAAGAAAUGAAGUCUCUUCAGGAGGCCCUGCAAAAUCAACUUAAAGAGACAUCAGAGAAAGCAGAAAAACACCAGGCAACUAUUAAUUUUUUAAAGACUGAAGUUGAAAGAAAGAGCAAAAUGAUCCGAGACCUCCAGAAUGAGAAUAAAAGCUUGAAAAACAAACUCUUGUCGGGAAACAAGCUCUGCGGCAUUCAUGCAGAAGAGUCAAAAAAAAUUCAAGCCCAGCUGAAGGAGCUUCGUUAUGGGAAGAAGGAUUUAUUAUUUAAGGCACAGCAGCUUACUGAUCUGGAACAAAAAUUAGCUGUAGCCAAAAAUGAACUGGAGAAAGCAGCUCUUGACAGGGAGUCACAGAUGAAAGCAAUGAAAGAGACUGUGCAACUCUGCUUGACAUCCGUUUUCCGUGAUCAGCCUCCUCCUCCUUUGAGUUUAAUCACGUCAAAUCCAACUCAAAUGUUACUCCCACCCGGGAAUAUUGCCUCUAAACUUCCAAAUGCCAGGACCAAAAGCAAGCCUCAACAAAGUGCUUCUGGAAACAAUGAAAGCUCUCAAGCUGAGUCAACAAAGGAAGGAAAUCCAAGUACCACUGCCUGUGACUCUCAAGAUGAGGGCAGAACCUGUUCAAUGAGGCACCAAGAAAGUCCCCCAAGUAAUGCCACUGCAGAAACUCAGCCUAUCCCACAGAAAUUGCAAAUGCCUCCUUGUUCUGAAUGUGAGGUGAAAAAAGAAAAACAAUUGACCAGCUUUGAAGGGAUGGCAGCGAGAGAAGAAAAAAUACUGUAAAUACUAAGAAACUGUGUUAAAAAUGUCCAUUUGCUAUUGUCUUCAUACUCUUUUUAGACCACGAGCUUGAUGGAAAUACUAAGUUUCUAAAGCAUGCAACUUUUUCAGAAUUUUAUGUAACUUUAUAUAGUAGUCUAUAAGUUUUCAAAGAUUCCAGACCAAUUAUGAUCCUUAAGCAAUAACCUAACUGAAAUUAAUAUCCACAGUCAUAAAUAUUUUGUCAUCAGUAAAUUGCUCCAUAUAAAUUGGUCUGUUUUAAACUCAAAUGCUAUCUAACAUGUAAUUCUUCAGGUUCAUUUGGAUAUCUAGUACUUCUAUGAUGUAGCUGUCAAAAUCAGCUGGAGGAUAAUAAAAUAUUGUGGGUUCUCAGUAUUCUUAGAAUCCAAAUUACAACCAUAUCGUUAAGGGUUUGGUCCACAUGAACCAACUGAAGUCAUUUUCUUCAAGGUUAGAAUUUGUGCCAACCUAAAUACAUUGUUUAUUUGAUGAUGUUUAUUGCUAUCGGUAUUGGUAUUGUUUUGAACUAAUAAUAAUUAUUUGUCUAAAUAAUGCUAAGACAAUUCUGUCAAGAAUUUUGUCAGCUUUCAGAAUUCAUUAAGUAUGUUUGGCAUCAUAUAGACAAAAUAUUUGGAUGGCUAACUAAAUUUCUGAUAUAUUUAUAUAUUUUGGCAUUCUGUAGACACAUCUCCUAUGUGUGUCUACUGGAAUUACUCCAAGUUAAUAACCAAGUUGUCUGAACUACUUGGCAGGAUUUUUGGUAUGAAGUUGGGUAACAGAAUAUGGAAUGAAGAGUGGGUUCUAAAAUACAAACAUGUAAGCAGGUAAUAUAUAUUUCAAAACAGGGAUUUGAUGAAAGUAAAAUAGCCAUGUUCAUUCAAUGAACCCAGAUGAGUAUUUUUUGAAAACCAAUGCGUUAUUAAAACAAAUCAAUGGCAGUGUUAAUCUUUAAAAGUUCUCUCUUUCUAUAGGAACAUCAUUACUCAAAUAAAUGUAUUCAUGAAUAAUUGAAACAUAGCUCACAAGCAAGAGGAAAUGACUACUUGAAUAAUUAUCUGAUUCACAUAUUUGAUAGGGCAUUCAAAGUUAAAAACUCAGGUUGUCUGCACAGAAAAGUCACUUCUGCUGUUUAGACCCUUUUUACAACUGUGGAAAGCACAUGAAACCACUAGAUUUACAGAAUGGAUCUGUCAAGCCACAUAUAUACAUUUGGAGCAGUGUAUCCUAGAAGAUAGUUAAUAAAAAUAUCAAUAGAUGAACUUAAAUUCUGAGACAUAAUAGUAUAUUUAAAGAAAUUUAAGGAUUUGAUCAAAAUAGCAUAUUUAAAGAAAUUUAAGGAUUUGAAGAAUUGGAGAAUAUAAUUAACUGUAAAAGUAAUAUUAUAAUAUAGUCAUGCAGCAAUUCUACUUUCAGAAUAAUUCAGUGUCAUUUAUUAGCACAGACAAAUCCCUACCACAGUGGCUCGACUUAGCAAUUUUUUGACUAUUCUGUGAAAACUUCGUAUCUCUACACACUUUGAAUUUUGUUAUUUUUUGGCGGGCUAGUGAUAUGUGGUACAUGAAAUAUUUAACACUUCAUUAUAAAAUAGGGUUUGUGUUAAAUGGUUUGCCCAACUGUAGGAUGAGGUAUAUGUUUUGAGCACAUUUAAGCAGGUUUAAAGUAAGCUAGGCUAUGAUGUUCCAUGGUUAGGUCUCUUAAAUGCAUUUUGGACUUACAGUGUUUUCAACUUUUGAUUUAUUUAUCUGUAUGUAACCUAUUGUAAGUCAAGGGGCAUCUAUAUUUUUCAUAAAACAAGCUACCCAAGGAAAAGAUAAUUAGCUUUAUGGGUGAUCCCUAGAGUUUUCAGAAGUGAUCAGGAUGAAAUAAAAAAUCAAGGUCUGAGGUUUCUGUUGACUCCUUCACAUGUUUAAAAAUAAUCUAAUUAUACAAACUGGAAUACUACUCUUCUCCCAAGUCCUGUUCCUUUUAAUUUUUCCACUGUACUCAGGGGCCUUAACCAUCUCCAUAGGUUCAUGAAAGGGUAGCAGAUCAUUUAGUUUUAAUUUAGGUUCAGUCUCCCACCUCUACCCUGGGGCACAAAUUCCCUCCAAGGCCCUAUGGAUCCUAUGGAAAGUUAUUCACCUUGUCAUCUUAGCACAGCAUGUUUUGAAGCAUGUUUGGAUUGA